UAGAAGGUUUAUGCAUGUUUGUGUUCCCAGCAAAUCGCCAUCGCUCGGGAGGGCGACCUGCUGACCAAGGAGCGGUUGUGCUGUGGCCUGUCCAUGUUUGAGGUCAUCCUGACACGCAUUCGUAGCUACCUGCAGGACCCCAUCUGGCGGGGCCCACCACCCACCAAUGGCGUCAUGCACGUCGACGAGUGCGUGGAGUUCCACCGGCUCUGGAGUGCCAUGCAGUUCGUCUACUGCAUCCCCGUGGGGACCAACGAGUUCACAGCUGAGCAAUGUUUUGGUGACGGUCUGAACUGGGCCGGCUGCUCCAUCAUCGUCCUGCUGGGCCAGCAGCGUCGCUUCGACCUGUUUGACUUCUGUUACCACCUGCUGAAAGUCCAGAGGCAGGACGGGAAGGAUGAGGUCAUUAAGAAUGUGCCCCUGAAGAAGAUGGCAGACAGAAUUCGGAAGUACCAGAUCUUGAACAAUGAGGUUUUUGCCAUCCUGAACAAGUACAUGAAGUCCGUGGAGACGGACAGUUCCACUGUAGAGCAUGUGCGUUGCUUCCAGCCACCCAUCCACCAGUCCCUGGCCACCACCUGCUAGGUGGAAGGGCCUGCAGACCCUUGACCUGGAUGAGAAGAAGAAGCAGGAGAGAGAAAGCCAUGGCCAGCCUGCAACAGGGUCCGACUGGACAGCAUAUGGGAUAAGCCUGGAAGCAAACAAGAACCUCCCCAAACACGUCUACACCUCCCGAGGGCUGGGCCUGUGCAUGCUCUCCCAUGACAUCUCCAUGGUGGUUUUUCCAUAGCGUCAAUGAAAAAAAAAAAAAUGAAAAGAAACAGGGCAGUAUGUGCUUUUUCUUUUCUUUUUUCCCCUCAGCCGUGCUAAGAGCCCUAGUUUCACCCCUUCUCCACCUCACAGCCCCACCCCACAUCCAUGGUUGCCUCUCAAGACCUCCUCCCAGAUGGUGACCUCCUACCCAGUGCCCACGUGCCACCCCAGGAGUGAAGUCUCAGAGAAAGAGACAAGAGCGUGGUGGUAUCCCGAGAUAACAGCCCAGCCUGACAGGCGUGUUUCCACUUCCUGGCUUCUUCACCUCCUCUGGCUCCCUCCCCCGCAUUUUCCAGGCAGCAUCUCCUCCUACUCUGGAUGCCGGGGAUUCUACCACCCAUAGUGCUUGUGGACAAGAUGCUGAGAGCCAGGGGAAACAGAAGACAAGGUUCCUGGUACUGGCACCGUGAUAGAAGGUGUUGGCUCUGGCCUUCCCUGGACUCCCCAAAACCACACUCCCCUCUCAGGGCGCUCCUAGAGAGAAAUCAGAAAUGCAUUCACAACCAUGUCUCACUGACUGGAAUUUGGGUAGAAAGAUGGUCAGGCCUGCUGUGCGGAAGCAGUAUUUAUUGACAUAGCCAGGAAUUCCAUAGCCCCGAAAGCUGUGGGACCAUCUCAGCUUGAUGAUGAUGUGGUUCCUUUAUUCAUUCAGCAAAUACUGUGAGCAGCAAGGUGCACAGGGCCGAGGACAGUGGGAACACAGCACUGAACAAGUCAGGCACGUACUGCCCACACCAGUAGCCAGUGGCCAAAUUAGGGACCACUUCUCUGCACAGACUCUCUCAUCAAGGAAAACUCCCACGAGAAAGAAAAUGUUAAGGGGUUAUUUCAACAGAAGCCCAAAACAUAUUGGGGUCAGGGGGGUGAGGAAUAUAAAUAGCACUUGUCAAUGAGUUUUUAAUACGUGGAUACACUCCCAGAAAAGGAGUCCUGUUUUAGUGAAUCGGGACUUUCAUUGUCGUAGAAGCUGAAAGAUUCUUAGGAAAUUUAUCUUUUGCUCUCAACAUCCUCAGUGUUCCUUAACCUAGAUUUUGAGUCAUGGAGCAUAUCUCGCAGGGGCCUGUCUACCUGCAGUUCUCCAACUGAACCAAAAGUCUUCGCAGAAUCUCCCACCGAGCAUGGGGAGACUGUUUAGAAGGAUGGAAGCCUUUGGGAAUGAAUGUCUCAUUAAAGAGCACCUCUUCUUCAAAGGGAACCUGUGACCCUGAGCUUGUAAGAAAAUGUAAAGUGAGACAUUUGGUAUCUCUCCCCCAAUCCAGGGAAGAAAAGAAAAGAGAGAAAAUAGAAGCAACAACAAUGAUCCCCUCCCUCAGGGCGGAUGAAUGCAAAUGGUUACCAUUAAUCAGAUGGCCCGUUUUAAUCCAAUGGAAAGAGAAAAAACAAUCCAUAGCAAGAGGUUUGUGUGAUACACUCUGCUCACCAGGGAGGAGAGAGGUGGGGCUCACCAAGUGUGGUCCAGAGGCCUCCAUCAGGACGUCCUGAAGUUAGCCACAUUUGGUGCAGAUUUCUGGGCCCUCCCCCAAACCAGUUAAGUCUGCAUCUCUGGGAGUCAGGUAGGGAAAUCUGUACCUUCCACAAGCUCUCCGAGCUGUUCUGUUGCCCAUGGAAAUCUGAGGACCACUGAGAGGGUCUCUCCAUCGCUAACCUGGGCUCUGAGCUCCCUCUGAGCCAUGAAAGAAAAUAUUUGUAGGGUAGGAAAACAAUUCAGGGUGGAAGCUGGCAGAUCCUGUCUGGAGAUGCCACUUCCUAUUCUGAUUUUUUGUUGUUGUUGUUUAUUCCUCUUGAUGACCAUAGAUGUGUCCCAAAGGCAGAAGGGAGAGGCUACACCACAUGGUAGGACACGCCUUCCAAACCCACGUAAAAAUCUCUAAGCUCCAGAGUCUUCUGAAUCUUCGUCCUGUCUGAGGACAGUGGGUCUUUCAGAUAGGUGACCAGCUAUUAAGUCCUAGAGUUUAUUCCAGAUCCUUGCCCACUGCUUUUGUGGAGAUUUGGAUCAUCCAUUUGAUGGGAUUGCUAUUUCAGCAAGCUGCCCCUCGGUCCUGCCUCUGUAACCCUGAAUUUGACCCCUGGGUGGAAUCCUAUUAUCUUCAAGAGAUUUGACCCUGGUAAAUUGAGGUCUUCACCUUAAGGAGAGACAUUUCAUUUCCCUAGCUCGCUGGCACAUUUAUUUAUGAAUACCAAACAGGUUUAAUAUUCUUUCCUCCCUGGUAUUCCUGCCUCCUUUUGAUUUGAUUUUUUGUGUGUGUCUAAGAACCAGGAAAAAAAAAAUCUUAGGUUUUAAAAAGUUUAAAAAAAAAAUUCUGUUCCAGAAACUGUCAAAUGUACCAUAUUUGUAUUAAGAGUUGUUGGGGAUUUUUGUACAAUGAAUUUACAUUUAUUUAUGGUGACUUAUAUUUACGCUUGUGAUCAAAUAAUGAUGUUAAAUUCUUAAAUCAUAUUUGCUAUGCAGCUGAAAAUGAUAUUUUGCUUUGUAUUUUGGGGUACCUGUGUUGAGUUGAUAAACAUUUCCAUCUUCAUUAAAACUGCUUCCAAACUAG